AAUCGACUCCGCUGCUGACAAAACCCAAGGCACUCUCUCCCGCUUCUUCUCCCUGCCUCUCACCCCGGGCGCUGCUGCUGGCUGUCGGGUUGGCUCUUGUGAGGCUCUGGGAGUUUGAAAGUGAUUUGGAAAGAGCAGAGUCUGUGUCGGAUGGAUGCUGAACUGGAGCCAGCCUGUGUUGUGCAGCAGGCCCACUGUCCAGGGAUGAAGUGCCCUCCUUCAGAAGACUUUCCCCCCCAGAUAGGGCUGUCUGAUAAGAUCCCACCAGUAAAGCCUUGCUUCAAGAAGAAGCAGCAAGGGCAGAAGAGGCUGGACACAGAAACUCUCAGGGCUUUGCGGCCAAUCUUCACUAGUUUGCUGGGAGCUGGGAGCCUGGAUGGGGUCUUUGUGCACAGAGGCCAAAGUGGAGGUCAUAGCAAUUUAUGUGAACCCGUUGUGAAAAAGGCCCUCGGACUCAGUGCCCCCUGUCCCCAGCCAGGCAGCAAUGUGGCUGUGCUGAUGCCAGGAGCUUCAGAUGUUCAAGGUCAAAUGCCAGAGACUCAUCCCCCCGCUGGUCACCCUGAGCAGGAGAUUCAGUCUGGGGUUCAGGGCUUCCCAUCAGAAACCAAUCCUGGGACUGCUGCUGAUUCCACUAAUGAAUCAUUCCAGCAUCACCCCUUUCACUCAGUCUCAAGUGAUGCUGCAGCCUGUCCAGUGUGCCCAGACAAGAUACUGGAAGGCUACACAUCUGGAUUAUUCCAGGAGAAUAGCUGCUUGAUGCAGUACAAUUUGAACCCAAAUGAUGAAUUCAAUGCUGGGCUCUUCCAGGACAAAAGUGAGGAGGCUUCACUUGAUCUUGUGUUUGAACUUUUGAACCAGCUGCAAUAUCACACCCACCAGGAGGAUGGGAUAGAGAUCUGUGUGGAUUUUCUGCAGGGCAAUUGUAUUUAUGGCAGUGACUGUCCCAAACAUCAUACAGUGUUGCCAUAUCACUGGCAGAUCAGGAGGACUGCUACUCAGACCUGGCAAAGUGUGACCAAUGACUCUCAAGAGCAUCUGGAAAGACUCUAUUGCAACCCAGACAAUGACAGGAUCAAAGUGAAGUACCGGGGACAUGAGUUUUUGGUAGAUCUGAAUGUUAUGAACUUGUAUGAAACCAUUGAGUUUGACCAAAUGCGGAGGCUGUCCACACCAUCCUGCACCAGUUCCAAUUCCAACUACUACACAGUCUGGAAAUACUUCUGCCGGGACCAUUUUGGCUGGAGAGAGUACUCAGAGCCUGUUGUACGAUUGAUAGAAGAAGCCAACUGUCGGGGUCUGAAAGAGGUCCGGUUUGUUACCUGGCACAAUCAGUAUAUCUUGAACAUCAAAGAUGGCUUCCAACAAAAUGCAUGUUUCCGAAGAGAAAUCAAGAGGAGACCCCUUCUUCGCUCAUGUGUUGUGCUGAUGCCAUUCUUACAGACUCUGGGUGGCAAUCCUCCAAUAUCUUCUACAUCAGCUGAACCAGCCUCUUCACAAGUCUUAUCUCCAACUGCUAUUACCUCUCCAAACCUUUAUCCUGAAACUUGGAUUAGUAUGGAUCCAGCUCAGGACUUCAUCCAAGUGCCUGUUUCUAAAGAAGAUAAAAGCUACAGAACCAUUUACAAUCUGUUUCACAAGACUGUGCCAGAGACCAAAUAUAGAAUUUUGAAAAUACAAAGAGUGCAAAACCAGUUUCUCUGGGAGAAAUAUAAAAGGAAAAGGGAAUAUAUGUCUAAAAAAAUGACCGGGCUUGACAGAAUAAUGAAUGAAAGGCACCUGUUCCAUGGUACCUCCCAGGAUGUAGUGGAUGGAAUUUGCAAGCACAACUUUGAUCCACGAGUCUGUGGGAAGCAUGCCACCAUGUUUGGACAAGGCAGUUACUUUGCCAGGAAGGCGAGCUACUCUCAUAACUUUUCCAAACGGUCACUCAAAGGAGUUCAUUACAUGUUUUUGGCUAAGGUACUGACAGGAAGAUACACAGUGGGCAAUCAUACUAUGAGAAGACCGCCACCUGUGAACCCUGGCAGCAUCACCAGUGACCUUUAUGACUCUUGUGUGGACAAUUACUUUGAACCUCAGAUCUUUGUCAUUUUUAACGAUGACCAGAGCUACCCUUAUUUUGUUGUUCAGUAUGAAGAAGUUAGUAACACUGUCUCCAUUUGAAAAUCCUCCAUGCUGCUAAAUUAUUCAUUAUAAUGAACUUUUAUCUGACAUUUGUAGUAGUUUUUGUGGAAAAAAUGUGGACUUUGCAGAACUGAUUAAAGUUAGUGGCUUGGAGGAGGGCUUAAAAAAAUAAAAAAAGAAGAAAUCCUGAAGUGACCAGUUAUGCACUUGCUGUUUCAUUAUGUAUGUGCAAAUUGUAAAUAUUUUCCCAUCCUUUUGUUAU